AUGACAACGCGAGGGUACCACUUUUUGACGGCUUCAAAAAAAUACUUUCGUGUAAAGUCGUUAUCGGGAGCAAUUGCUAUCUUGUACACAUUCUUUGAUUUUCAGUUGAAAUUUCCGACGUAUUGUGAAGUUCAACUGCAGCCCGUAGACCAAGAUACGCCAUUAGACCAUUCAGCGUCGGCUCUUGGACAAGGAACUUGUACGUCGUCUGACAGUGUUUUAAGAGCCGUAAUGAGCAAAAUGAAGAGAACCGGCAGAAAUAUUUCGAGCAAUGUGGCCACCCAAUGGCGCUUUUUUAGCAACCAGCUCUUAAAAAGAAGCGUUUGCUGUGAUGCCAAAACAUUGUUUUGCUCUAACUUGUCCAGGAGGGCGGUCCCGCGAUCAAACCUGGUAGAGUUAUCCAAAUUUUGGCAUCGGUUACUAACAUCGAGAUGA